AUAUAUAUAUAUAUCCAAAUACAGUAACCUCCCAAAAUCCAAGCAGGCCAUGAACAAGAAACAGCGUGACCGCAUGGCCAGGAAACGUCAACUGCUUGACUGUAGUAAGGCAAGUCGUGGCCCUGCACAGGAACAGCCGAGAGCAGCCAUCACCAACACAGUCAACCCAGUGGGCCUUCGUCAGCAGUACCCGACUGACAGCGGUGAAGGGACCCCAACAAGACGGUUUGUGAUGUUCACACUGUGUCGCUGCUGUGCUAAACGGCUUCUUAAGAGAGGCAGCACAAUACAGAGAGAAGAGGAGAGGCUGAGGGAACUCAGACUACUGGUGGAGGAGAAGAACGUGAUGGAGCUGCAGAGAAGGCUAGACCAGGCUGCAAGGAAAAAUGAGAGCAGACAGAGAGAGGAAUUGCUGCAAGAGGAAGUGCAGGACAAAUGUGAUGCUCAGCUGAGCUGGGGGCUGACAAAGCAAGGGAUGAAGAACGAAUUCAAGAGGCUCAAAAAGCUGGAGAAGAGUCUUUCUCUCCAGAUUCACAGACUGCAACAGAGGGAGGGCAUGCCUGCACCAUGGACCAUCAACAGCACUGAUGAUGAUAAUGAUGAGAGAGCGGAGGAGGAAUUGACCGAAUCUAUGGAAGGUCGGGUACAAUCAGCACGCCGGGCUGACACCCACCCCUUUAGCCAAAUCCUGUCUGAUGGUACACAGGAUAAUGACCGCACUUUCAGUGUUGCGAGUCCACGUACCUCCAAAGGCAGAAAGGGUGGUCAGUCAGGCCGUGCACGUGCCUAUUCCGAAAUCCCGAAGGCACCAGAAUACAGUAACCUCCCAAAAUCCAAGCAGGCCAUGAACAAGAAACAGCGUGACCGCAUGGCCAGGAAACGUCAACUGCUUGACUGUAGUAAGGCAAGUCGUGGCCCUGCACAGGAACAGCCGAGAGCAGCCAUCACCAACACAGUCAACCCAGUGGGCCUUCCUCAGCAGUACCCGACUGACAGCGGUGAAGGGACCCCAACAAGACGGUUUGUGAUGUUCACACUGUGUCGCUGCUGUGCUAAACGGCUUCUUAGGAGAGGCAGCACAAUACAGAGAGAAGAGGAGAGGCUGAGGGAGCUCAGACUACUGGUGGAGGAGAAGAACGUGAUGGAGCUGCAGAGAAGGCUAGACCAGGCUGCAAGGAAAAAUGAGAGCAGACAGAGAGAGGAAUUGCUGCAAGAGGAAGUGCAGGACAAAUGUGAUGCUCAGCUGAGCUGGGGGCUGACAAAGCAAGGGAUGAAGAACGAAUUCAAGAGGCUCAAAAAGCUGGAGAAGAGUCUUUCUCUCCAGAUCCACAGACUGCAACAGAGGGAGGGCAUGUCUGCACCAUGGACCAUCAGCAGCACUGAUGAUGAUAAUGAUGAGAGAGCGGAGGAGGAAUUGACCCAAUCUAUGGAAGGUCGGGUACAAUCAGCACGCCGGGCUGACACCCACCCCUUUAGCCAAAUCCUGUCUGAUGGUACACAGGAUAAUGACCGCACUUUCAGUGUUGCGAGUCCACGUACCUUCAGGAAAGGCAGAAAGGGUGGUCAGUCAGGCCGUGCACGUGCCUAUUCCGAAAUCCCGAAGGCACCAGAAUACAGUAACCUCCCAAAAUCCAAGCAGGCCAUGAACAAGAAACAGCGUGACCGCAUGGCCAGGAAACGUCAACUGCUUGACUGUAGUAAGGCAAGUCGUGGCCCUGCACAGGAACAGCCGAGAGCAGCCAUCACCAACACAGUCAACCCAGUGGGCCUUCCUCAGCAGUACCCGACUGACAGCGGUGAAGGGACCCCAACAAGACGGUUUGUGAUGUUCACACUGUGUCGCUGCUGUGCUAAACGGCUUCUUAGGAGAGGCAGCACAAUACAGAGAGAAGAGGAGAGGCUGAGGGAACUCAGACUACUGGUGGAGGAGAAGAACGUGAUGGAGCUGCAGAGAAGGCUAGACCAGGCUGCAAGGAAAAAUGAGAGCAGACAGAGAGAGGAAUUGCUGCAAGAGGAAGUGCAGGACAAAUGUGAUGCUCAGCUGAGCUGGGGGCUGACAAAGCAAGGGAUGAAGAACGAAUUCAAGAGGCUCAAAAAGCUGGAGAAGAGUCUUUCUCUCCAGAUUCACAGACUGCAACAGAGGGAGGGCAUGCCUGCACCAUGGACCAUCAACAGCACUGAUGAUGAUAAUGAUGAGAGAGCGGAGGAGGAAUUGACCGAAUCUAUAGAAGGUCGGGUACAAUCAGCACGCCGGGCUGACACUCACCCCUUUAGACAAAUCCUGUCUGAUGGUACACAGGAUAAUGACCGCACUUUCAGUGUUGCGAGUCCACCUUCCUCCAAAGGCAGAAAGGGCGGUCAGUCAGGCCGUGCACGUACCUAUUCCGAAAUCCCGAAGGCACCAGAAUACAGUAACCUCCCAAAAUCCAAGCAGGCCAUGAACAAGAAACAGCGUGACCGCAUGGCCAGGAAACGUCAACUGCUUGGCUGUAGUAAGGCAAGUCGUGGCCCUGCACAGGAACAGCCGAGAGCAGCCAUCACCAACACAGUCUACCCAGUGGGCCUUCCUCAGCAAUACCCGACUGACAUCGGUGAAGGGACCCCAACACGCCGGUUUGUCAUGUUCAGACUGUGUCGCUGCUGUGCUAAACGGCUUCUUAAGAGAGGCAGCACAAGACAGAGAGAAGAGGAGAGACUGAGGGAGCUCAGACUACUGGUGGAGGAGAAGAACGUGAUGGAGCUGCAGAGAAGGCUAGACCAGGCUGCAAGGAAAUAUGAGAGCAGACAGAGAGAGGAAUUGCUGCAAGAGGAAGUGCAGGACAAAUGUGAUGCUCAGCUGAGCUGGGGGCUGACAAAGCAAGGGAUGAAGAAGGAAUUUAAGAGGCUCCAAAAGCUGGAGAAGACUCUUUCUCUCCAGAUUCACAGACUGCAACAGAGGGAGGGCAUGCCUGCACCAUGGACCAUCAACAGCACUGAUGAUGAUAAUGAUGAGAGAGCGGAGGAGGAAUUAGUAAGGCUGAUAAAAGAACAGCAGCAAAAAUCUAACACAAAGACAAAUGAGUGCACAGAAACAACAGCUGGUCCACACAAGCUUUGCAGCCAAACUAUUCAGAGAGAAGAAGAGCAAUUGAAAGAUGAAUGCCCUGAUGUAGAGCAAGAGCCACAGAGACAACCCAAUGGAGAGAGCACUAUGAAACAGCAAUUGGAGAAUGCAGUGCAGAGGGCAGAAAAUAAGCAUCAGACCGAAUCUAUGGAAGAUCAGGUACAAUCAGCACGCCGGGCUGACACCCACCCCUUUAGCCAAAUCCUCUCAUUCUCAGCUCACAAAGAUGAUGAACAAAAUGCCAUGAAACAGGGGGAGGCCAGGGAAGACACCACAGAAGACCAAGCAACCCACAACAGCAACAGUCCUUCUGUGGUGCCUAUUUGUCCUUCACUGGGUGCUGAUGCUGACAACCUAUGGCAUGACACAAAGGACCAGGGGACCCUGGAAAAAAGUCCCUCUCUGGUGAACCUCUUGGCCUGCUGUUCAGAUGCCAGUGGUGGUGAAGACGGAGAUGGCAGAUCCGAGACCGCCUCAUUAUCACAGCAUGAAACAGCUGAUGUGGAUUAUGAGAACGUGAAUGACAAGAGUGUGAGGAGGAGGGUCCUUAAAUGGAUCAACAGGAAGGCAAAGGACUACCUCAGCAAGAAGAUCGAAAAGACAUUCAAGAGAGAGGAGGAGGAGGGGGACGAGCUAUACACACCAUGGUACUGUACAAAUAUUCAGUGGAGAUCAGAGAGGGAGCAGGAGAAGAGGAAGGCGUUGUUGAGGGCUGAGGAUAUGCGGCAGCGCCUAGAGAGUUUCUUGCUGAAAUGGGAGGCCAAACGGGCCCAGAAGAGGGCUCAAAGGAUGGAGAAAGAGGAGAGCUUUGACAGGGAAACCCAAGACUUGUGGUUCUGUGAGGACCUUCUGUAAAGAGGGAUUGUCAGUGGUGCAUUUGGCUUACGCUGGAAGAAGACGAAGAACAUUUUGAAGGCAGUGGGGCAAAAAACAACAACUUAUCUUUUAUUUUAUUAUUAUGAUUAUUUUUUAUUUUUGUCAGGCAUUAUUU